AUGAAGUUCUUCCUCUCAUCUCUUAUCAUUACCUCGCUCGUCUCUCAAGUGUUCUGCGCUAACAAUUUUGCUGGGAUCGGCGGCUCCAACAGCAAAGGCGGAAACUCUGCCUAUACCUGCCGCUCUCAAACUGACUGGAAUAACCUUGCCAACAACGCGAGGAAUAACGGGUUCAGGGCUAUUCGUAUAACUGGAUUUGAUUGCGAUGCAUUGCACCGAGCUUCUCGAGCUGCUGCUGCUGCUGGCAUUCAAGUUCUAGCUGGCAUUUACAUCGCUGGCACUGUUGCUUCUACGACUGUCCAAGUAAACAAUGAAGUACAGAUAUUCCGCCAGGCUUAUGCUGAGUUUGGCGCCGGUCGAUACGUCGGAUUGACCAUCGGAAACGAAGUUAACGACUCGACUGGCAACAUAAUGGCCCGUGUCUACGAUAUUCGAGGUUAUCUCAGGUCUGUCGGUGUCAACACACCUGUGUCUACCGUGCACACCUGGGUUCGCAUCCGUGAUGAGCCUGCUUUGUGUGGCGCCGACUUUGUAGCCGCUAACGCGCAUACCUUUUACGAUGGCGGCCGAACAUCAGCGCAGGCUGGUACCUUCGUCUUCCAGACCGUUGUACCUGCCUUGAAGAGCAGAUGUCCCGGGAAGAACGUCAUCAUUACCGAGUCUGGAUGGCCAUCGCGCGGUGGCAGGCUCGGCGUUGCAGUCCCCUCUGUUGCGGAUGAGCGCACUGCUCUUCAACGACUAAAUUGUGCGGCCGCUGCUGACAGAAGCGUUUCACUGUACGCCUUCGAGGCAGACGACCAGCUCUGGAAGGGCAACGACAACGAACGAAGCUUCGGGAUCUUCGGCAAGAUAAAUCUCCAGAACGAUGUUUUUGCCUCCUGCUGA